AUGUUUCUUCGCCUUGGAUCGCUGACCUCGACCCCGACAUACACCAACUAUAGUUCUUCAUAUGGUUCACCCUUCAGUCCAGUGAAUAUAUUCCCUUUUGUGAAAGAAAGUGUUAUAGCCGCGUUAAAAAUCGUUAAAACCGUGAGUGACCGACCAGCUAGAUGUCGAUUUGAAGAACAGAACUUAAUCAUCGAUUCGCUCGAACAGAUUCGGCAACCUUUUAAGUUGGCUGGUGAUGAAGAGAUGAACGGAACUUUUUGCAGAAAGCGGUAUAUCUAUAUAACAUCUUCAUUUGAAUAA